AUUCGUAUGAGGCAGUUUUGACCAAACUAUUAGAUCAUAAUAUAAAUAAUGCUAUUAGUGACCCUACUCUCGCUCCUUAUGAUCUAUUACAAGAUUACCGAGCCCAAGUUGCUAUUAUCUACCAAUCUUUUCUUCAAUCUAAAAGAACAGGAAAUCGGAAAGCACAAUUAUGGUAUGCUUAUUAUUUGGGUGAAAUCUUGGAAAAUAUACUACUAGAGCAAAAAACAGCUUGUAUCAAGCAACUCACCAAAUAUUAUACCACUGCGACGGUUCGAAUUUAUUAUAUUUUCAGAAAGUGGGAAACUGCUCUAAUCAACAAAACUACAAAGUUGACAGUGCCAAUGAUCUAUGAACUAAAAAAAAAGGAUUAUUAG